AUGGAAGAUAAUCUCGAAUACACCUUCGAACAACGGCUGGCCUGGCUUGAGGGCAAGUCCGAACAAUGGGCCUUCCUAGAAGAAAGGGUGCCCAAGCUCGAAGAUAUUGUGAUCAAGCAUGAUAAUGAAAUCAGCAUUCUACGUUCCACAGUAGAUGGACUGUUGGAGCAACUGAAUUGUGUCCAGGCACUAGCUGAUGAGGCACUCGACAAGUGUGCCACUAUGCAUGCUCCUCAAGGCUUUGGGGGCAGUGGGGGUGCAAAGAUAAAGCCGCUCAAGCCCCAAACCUUUGAUGGGGCAAGAGAUUCGAAGCAAGUCGACAACUUCAUCUUUGACAUGGAACAAUACUUCCGAAUUUGUCAAAUAGAGGAUCCCUUCAAGGUGGAUACUGCCACCAUGUAUUUAGUGGAGGACGCGAAGUUGUGGUGGCGCACCAAAUAUGCCGACAUUCAAGCAAAACGAAUCACGCUUGAUAGUUGGGAGGAUCUCAAGAAGGAGAUCAAGAACCAGUUCUGCCCGGAUAACACCGAGUUCGUGGCUCGCACAAAGUUAACCACCCUACACCACAAGACUUCCAUUCGAGAAUAUGUGAAGGAAUAUUGUGUGUGCAUGUUAGAGAUCCAAGAUAUGUCAGAGAAGGAUCGGUUGUUCAACUUUGUGCGAGGUUUGAAGGAUUGGGCGCAACGUGAGAUUUGGCGCCAAAAGAUAGACACUCUAGCUGGUGCUAUAGCAGCAGCUGAGAAGUUAAUGGAUUACUCACCCGAUAAGGGCCCUAAUCAGAAGAAGGGGAACAAUGGACAAGCAAAAAGCACUCCUAGAAGCCAACACCCCGCCUCCCAAGUUAGCUCAAACAAUGAUGGGAGUAGGUACAACAAGAUUGUGGGGGACGACUCUAGAAGGAGUGGAGCUUCCUCUUCAUCAAGUAAGGGAAGCACAUCAACCUUCUCAACGGGGAACAGACCCCUAACAUGCAUCCUCUGUCGAGGCCCUCACAAGUGGUUCGAAUGCCGUCAUAAGGGAGAAAUCGAUAGUCUCCAAAAGAAGUUAUCGGCGAUGACGGUGGAGUCAAAACAGACCGAAGAAGCAUGCGAGGUGGAACCCGAUGAGGAAGAGCCCUCAAGGCUGGGGGCGGUGCACAUGUUGUACGCCAUGGGAAAGGAAGAGCCCGAGGAGAGGUCUAAAAACACUGAGUUGAUGUAUGUAGAAGUGUUGGUGAAUGGGAGGAGGGGCAAUGCGAUGAUUGACACCGGGGCCACCCAUAACUUCAUAUCCCAAGGAGAAGCUCGAAGAUUGGGGCUGAAGCUGAUUCAAGAAGGGGGUAGUAUGAAAGCUGUUAACUCAGCCGCCAAGCCAGUUCAUGGGGUUGCAAGGAACAUCCCAACAAAGCUGGGGGACUGGAGCGGAAACCUGGAUUUCACUAUAGCCACUAUGGAUGACUUUAACCUUGUACUCGGUAUGGACUUCCUACGUGCAAGUAAAGCUGUCCCGAUGCCCCACCUGGGGUCAGUAUUAGUAGCUGGACAACAUCCUUGCCUCCUCAAGACUUGCAAGAUGAGAAAAGGGUCUAAAGGCCCCCUCCUUUCGGCAAUGCAACUAAAAAAGGGGUUGAAAAGGAACGAACCCACAUUCCUUGCUACUCUAUCAGUGAAAGAAGAUGAAGCCCCUCAUGAAAUCCCCGCAGCUUUAGAUAAGCUUCUCACGGAAUUUGAGGACCUCCUCCCCAAAGAGCUCCCAAAUGGCUUCCUCCUAGGAGGGCUGUGGAUCACGAGAUUGAACUUGUUCCUGGUUCGAGGCCCCCUGCUCGAGGCCCUUACCAAGAAACAAGAUGGGAGCCUCCGAUUGUGCAUAGACUAUCGAGCCCUCAACAAGGUCACAGUGCGGAAUCAUUACCCCAUUCCGUUGGUGGCGGACUUGUUCGAUCAACUAGGGGAUGCAGUGUUCUUCACGAAGUUGGAUCUGAAAUCUGGCUACCACCAGGUUCGCAUUGCUCAAGGAGAUGAACCGAAGACCGCAUGUGUAACGAGAUAUGGAGCAUUUGAGUGGCUAGUUAUGCCGUUUGGGUUGACCAAUGCCCCCGCAACCUUCUACACCUUGAUGAAUCAGGUGUUCCAUGAAUUUCUCGACAAGUUUGUAGUGGUGUACCUGGAUGACAUUGUAAUUUAUAGCAAGACCUUUGAAGAACACCUCGACCACUUGAGAAAGGUGUUUGAGAAGCUGCAAAAACAUCAUAUGUUCGUCAAGCAAGAAAAAUGUGCUUUCGCCCAAGAAGAAGUUGGGUUCUUGGGACACUUUGUAGGUAAAGGCCGCAUAAGGAUGAAUCCAAAGAAGAUACAAGCAAUUCAGGAUUGGAAAGAUCCAAGGAACACUUCCGAGCUUCGGUCCUUUCUAGGCUUGGCAAAUUAUUACCGCAGGUUUAUCAAGGGAUACUCCGAGUUAGCCAGUCCCCUCACCGACCUCUUGCAGAAGGAUCGUCGUUGGGAAUGGUCAGAGAAACAGCAAAAAGCUUUUCAGGAAUUGAAAGAUUCAGUAAUGAGAGAGCCAGUCCUCGCUCUCCCUAACCCCAACAAACCCUUUGAAGUAGAGACAGACGCUUCCGAUUUUGCCUUGGGAGGAGUAUUACUCCAAGAUGGCCACCCCAUCGCAUUCGAGAGUCGGAAGUUGAACAGUGCGGAAAGGAAGUACGCAGCACAAGAAAAGGAACUCCUAGCUAUUGUGCACUGCCUUAGGGGCUGGAGACAUUACUUGUUGGGCUCGAAGUUCAUCGUCCGCACCGACAAUACUGCUGCAACCCACUUUCUCUCUCAGCCUAAGUUGACGGGAAGACAGGCUCGAUGGCAAGAAUCCUUAGCUGAGUUUGAUGUAGAGUUUGCAUACAGAACAGGGGCUAGCAACAGGGUAGCAGAUGCGCUGAGCAGGCGAGCAGACCUGGCACCCCUACAAAGAUUAGCCCCUUUAACUUCAAGCAACGUCACUACCUCUGUGCGUGAUCAAGUCAAAGCUUACUUAGGAGAUGAUCCGAUGACAGGAACCAUCAAGAAAUUGAUUGAAGAAGGGAAAACUAGACGUUUCUGGAUGGAAGACGGACUUGUCUACACAAAAGGAAAGAAACUCUUCAUCUCUAGAGCAGGUGGUUUGAGAAAGCUGCUCUUGAGGGAAUGCCACGACACGCUAUGGGCAGGUCAUCCGGGUUGGCAAAGGACACUCAGCUUACUGAGCACAAGAUACUAUUAG